CUUUCCGAGACAAAAAAGAGUAAUUAGCAGAGAAAGAGUCGCACUAGUAAACUCUAAUCAUGAGGGAACGGUCGCCGGACCCUUGGGAUCUCCGAGACUACCAGGGCCAUCCGUCCCCCAAGAGAAAGUCAGAUCUCGGAAUAUCCGAGCGAUAUUUUCUGAAGCUGGAGCUGGACCAUUCCAGCCCCCCCAAGUAGGUAGUAGUCUCCGUAUGAAUUGGACAAGACACCCAACAAGUGGCUGCCCACCCGCUUGACCAGAUGCUCAGGUCUGGCCACAUCAGCUGUGGGCAUCUGGGUGAGCCCCUCCACCUCAGUGGCCUACCCACCUUGGAGUUGAGCCCCUCACCUGGAACUCCAUACGCAAAUUAGCCGAACACUCCACUGAGGGAGAGACACAACAGAUCGGUUCCUGCUUGACGGUGGCUAUCUGAAAUGACAAGAGAGAUCCAAAACUGCAUGGUUAUCGCUAUGGAGAACCUAAUUGAGUCAGAUACCGAAGCUAUAUUGUCCUUUAAAUCCUCAUACUUUAUGGUGCCAUUGUACUGCAGCAUCGAACGAUAUCUGCUGGCCCGUCUCCCCAACGAAUCCCAAAACACGCCUAUCUGCAAUACUACACGAUGACCCAGACCACGGAACCCAACAAGGUCCUGAUUAUUGGUGCCGGCCCUGGGGGUUUGGUCCUGGCACAGGCUCUGAGAGGCAAGGGCAUUCCAUUUGAGAUCUUCGAACGUGACGCUCAGCGAUAUACACGAAGUCAAGGCUGGGCAGUUGCGCUGAUCGAGUAAGUACAUAUACACAUAUAUUCACAACCCAAAACUCUUAUAUAUACGACAAACAAACAAGUAACCCUUACCCUCCAGAUCCAUACCCGAACUCCUCAAGCUCCUCCCAGACGACAUAGGCGACCUCCAAUCCGUCAGCGUAACCUACGGCCUCGAACCCUACGAUGGAAUGGGCGUCGUCGACGGCAAAACCGGCGAGCGCGUCGCCAAAUUCGGCGGCGUCCCCCGCGGCCAACCGGGCCACGUCCUGCGCGCAAGCCGCAGCCACUUCCGCGACUACAUGUGGCAGCACCUGAACGUCUCGACGGGCAAGGAAUUCACGCACUACACCGAAGACUCCACGGGCGUCACGGCCUUCUUCAAAGACGGCACCUCCGCCCGGGGCUCCCUCCUCGUCGGCGCCGACGGCUCCCGCUCCAGAGUCCGCGCCGCCCUCCUCGGCGAGCAGGCCAGCAAGGCAGAAGUGAGCAACUACAUAGCCGUCACGGGACAGGGCGACCUCCCGCGACACGUCUACGAGCCUGUGCGUGCGCUCGGCACGGCUGCCAUAUUGGCCAACACGCCGAAUAUGCGCUGCGUGUUUGGGCUGCGCUCCAUUACCCCCGACAAGGAGUUCGCGACCUUCUACUGGAUCCUGGCGUACUGGACGGAUGAGCCCGAGAAGGACUCCGCUGAGCUGGAUACCAUGACCAAGGAGCAGCUGUAUGCUAAGGCGGAGGAGCUGGUCGCUGGUUGGGCGAAGGUCUUGACUGAUAUCGUUACGCAUACGGGCGUCGAGGGCGUGUUCGCCCCGCCGAUUAAGCUCCUAGAGUAUGUGCCGCCGGAUACGCUGCCGGGGAAGUAUGUCACUUUGCUAGGGGAUGCGGCUCAUGCGAUGAUUCCGUUCAGGGGUGGUGGGGCGAAUACGGCGAUUAGGGAUGCUUGUGAGCUGGCGAAUCUGAUCAUUGAUGCUGUGAAGGAGGAGAAGCCGUUCGGGUCGGUGUUGAAGAAGUAUGAGGAGGUUAUGUUGCCGAGGGGUCAGGAGAUGGUGUUGACUAGUAGGGAGGCGGGGAGGAAUUGGGAGAGUUUUAUGAGGGUGGUGAAGAAUGCUGGGCAUGUGCAGCCGAAUAAAUAGGAAGAUGGGGUUUUGAGUGUGGGAUUAGAGUAGAAGAUUUGAAAUGCGAGUUUUGAAA